GCCCAGGCCGGAAGUCGCCUCGCCGCCGCUUCCUCACGCGAAGGCGUGGCGCGGGUCGGGUGGUCCCGCCCGAUGGGCGGUUGAGGAAGGGACGGAGCAGCUGCGGGGACCUUCCCCAAGGCUGCGAGGCGGCGGAGGCCGCGCGGGUGGAGGACAGGAGCGCGCGGGGAGGGAUUCGGAACGCACCUGGCAGCCGGGGACCGCGGCCGCUCCUAGGGGCGCCAGAGCGCCGGUGCGCAGGCGUGGAGCGGCCGGGCGGGGGCGAGCCCUUAAAGGGGUAGAGGAUCCGGGAGUCGGCGCAGGACCUGAGGUCCCCGGGGGUCGGGGUGGCCCGCGGCGCUAUGGCUCACGUCAGCUCUCGCAAGCGCUCGAGGAGUCGAAGCCGGUCCCGGGGGCGAGGGUCCGAAAAGAGAAGGAAGAAGAGCAGUAAGGAUGUCCCGAAGAGCUGCUCGGCUUCUAGAUCCCAAGACCACAAGGCCAGCACCAUCUCCUCUGGGGCGGAGGCCUCACCUUCUCCCUGCAUCACAGAGAGAAGCAAGCACAAGGCCCGGAGGAGACCACGAUCCAGCUCCUCCUCCUCUUCUCCCAGUUCUUCUAGCUCUUCUUCCUCUUCGUCCUCCUCCUCUUCCUCCAGUGGUGGCCGGAAGAAGCGGGGGAAGCACAAGGACAAGAAGAGGAAGAAGAAGAAGAAGAAGAAAAGGAAGAAGAAGCUGAAGAAGAAAGGCAAGGAGAAGACAAAGGUACAGCAGGGGGAGGCUCUGCCGGGACCCUCGCUGGACCAGUGGCACCGAUCAGCCGAGGAGGAAGAGGACGGCCCAGUCCUGACGGAUGAACAGAAGUCCCGCAUCCAGGCCAUGAAGCCCAUGACCAAGGAGGAGUGGGAUGCUCGGCAGAGUGUCAUCCGCAAGGUGGUGGACCCGGAGACAGGACGCACCAGGCUCAUUAAGGGAGAUGGCGAGGUCUUAGAGGAAAUCGUAACUAAGGAACGACACCGAGAGAUCAACAAGCAAGCUACCCGAGGGGAUGGCCUGGCUUUCCAGAUGCGAGCAGGGCUGUUGCCCUGAGGGCCCUGCUGGCUAAGUGCUGGUGGCGUGGCCUGGAGACUGGCUUCAGAGUGGGCAGCAGGAAGCCCAGUGGGUGCUGUUUGCCUUUCCUCCUGCGGACUGGCCUCUGGCCCAGCCUCCUCUCAGAUGUAGGGGGUGAGGACGGGGUCACUGGCCUCAUCAGCUCCUCCUGCAAGAGCAUCACUUCCCAAAUAUUAAAUGUUCCCUGGUUGGAAA